CGGGCGGCGGCGGAGGCGGCAGCGGCAGCGGCCGCGGCAGGAAAUAGGGGCUGGGCCCCGCCGGCGCGAGAUCCCAUCCCAGCCCCGGUCCCCGCCGAGCGAUCCUCGGGCCGGGCGAUGGACGCAGCAGAGCCGGGGUGUCGCGACUGCUGAUGGAGAGGGCGACGCGGCAGGAUCCCCACUCGGCUCCUCCAUAGUCCAGGGAGUGGGCACUGCUGAUCUGGGCUCCCUAGAAUGGGGGCUGUGGCAGAAAUGUGGCAAGGGCUACCCCUGGCUCCGGAGAGCAGGAAGAGGUACAGUGACAUCUUCCGGAGCCUGGACAACCUUGAGAUCUCACUGGGGAACGUGACCCUUGAGAUGCCGCCUGGAGACCCCGUGCUUUCAGGAGACCCAGAAUCUGACAAGACCCCUACAGCCACUGAGACCAAUGAAACCAGCCUUUGGAGUGGCCCUUCCCUGGAGGGUCCUGCACCCCUAACAGGGGAGGAACUGGACUUGCGGCUCAUACGGACCAAGGGGGGCGUGGAUGCAGCUCUGGACUAUGCCAAGACCUGGAGCCGCUACGCUAAGGAGCUACUGGCCUGGACCGAGAAGAGAGCCAGCCUUGAGCUAGAGUUUGCCAAAAGCAUCAUGAAAAUCGCCGAGGCUGGCAAGGUGUCAAUCCACCAGCAGAGCCACAUGCCACUGCAGUACAUCUACACCCUGUUUCUGGAACAUGACCUAAGCCUGGGAGCCCUGGCCAUGGAAACAGUGGCCCAGCAGAAAAGAGAUUAUUACCAGCCUCUAGCAGCCAAACGAACUGAAAUCGAGAAAUGGCGGAAGGAGUUUAAGGAGCAGUGGCUGAAAGAGCAGAAGCGGAUGAAUGAGGCAGUGCAGGCGCUGCGGAGGGCCCAGCUCCAGUAUGUGCAGCGCAGCGAGGACCUGUGGGUUCGUUCCCAGGCAUCCCCUGAGGACCCGGCACCUCAGGCCUCGCCUGGGCCCAGCAAACAGCAGGAGCGGCGGCGGCGAUCUCGAGAGGAGGCCCAGGCCAAGGUUCAGGAGGCCGUGGCGCUAUAUCAGGCCUCUGUCCGUGAAGCCAACGCACGGCAACAAGACCUGGAGGCUGCCAAGCAGCGGAUCGUGUCGCAUGUGCGCAAGCUGGUGCUGCAGGGAGAUGAAGUGCUGAGGCGGGUGACCCUGGGACUGUUCGGGCUGCGAGGGGCGCAGGCGGAGCGUGGCCCCCGUGCCUUCGCUGCCCUGGCCGAGUGCUGUGAGCCCUUUGAGGCUGGCCAGCGCUACCAGGAGUUCGUGAGGGCGCUGCAGCCUGAGGCCCCACCACCCCCUCCACCUGCCUUCUCCUUCCAGGAAUUCGUGCCCACUGCACACAGCUCCCCUCUGGACAUAAGAAAGAAGCCCUCUGGACCCCCACCCCCACGGCUGGAUGAAAGUGCAGCUGAGGCUGGCCCUUGGGAGGACACAGGCAUAAGUUGGCAAGGGACUCCAGGCCCAACUCCAGGCAGCGAUGUGGACAGUGUGGGUGGUGGCAGCGAAUCUCGGUCCCUGGACUCUCCCACUUCCAGCCCAGGCUCUGGCACAAGGCGGUUGAUGAAGGUUUCAUCCAUAGGCACUGAGUCCUCAGAUGACUUUGAGGAGCGAGAUCCCGACCUGGUAGAUGGGCUGGAGAACGGCCCAGGAACCCCCUUCAGGAAGUGGACGCUCUCCAGUGCGGCCCAAACCCACCGGUUACGACGGCUACGGGGCCCAGCCAAGUGCCGUGAAUGUGAAGCCUUCAUGGUCAGCGGGACUGAGUGUGAGGAGUGCUUUCUGACCUGCCACAAGCGCUGCCUGGAGACUCUACUGAUCCUCUGUGGACAUAAGCGCCUCCCAGCCCGGACCCCCCUCUUUGGAGUCGACUUCCUGCAGCUGCCCAGGGACUUCCCGGAGGAGGUGCCCUUUGUGAUCACCAGGUGCACGGCUGAGAUAGAACAGCGUGCCCUGGGUGUGCAGGGCAUUUAUCGGGUCAGCGGGUCCCGGGUCCGUGUGGAGCGGCUGUGCCAGGCUUUUGAGAAUGGUCGAGCACUGGUGGACAUGUCAGGGAACUCGCCUCAUGAUGUCUCGAGUGUUCUCAAGCGGUUCCUCCAGGAGCUCACUGACCCCGUGGUCCCCUUCCACCUCUACGACGCCUUCAUCUCUCUGGCUAAGACCCUGCAUGCAGACCCUGGGCACGACCCUGGGACCCCCAGCCCCAGCCCUGAGGUUAUCCGCUCGCUGAAGACCCUCUUGGUGCAGCUGCCUGACUCUAACUACAACACCCUGCAGCACCUGGUGGCCCAUCUGUUCAGGGUGGCUGCACAGUUUGAGGAAAACAAGAUGUCUGCCAACAACCUGGGCAUUGUGUUUGGGCCAACACUGCUGCGGCCACCGGACGGUCCAGGGGCAGCUGGUGCUGGCUCCGUCACCUGUCUACUAGACUCGGGGCACCAGGCCCAGCUCGUUGAGUUCCUCAUUGUAUACUAUGAGCAAAUCUUUGGGAUGGAUGACCUCCCUGUGGCCACUGAGCCUCCGCCCCAAGACCCCAGUCCGGCUCCUGGGCCUCUCACAAACAACCCUCAACCACCACCCUCCAACCUUGCCCCAGAUCCCCUACCCCUAGUCCUAGCCUCGGACCCCGACACAGACUCUGAGCUCCAUGGUACCUUGGAGAAGCAUCCUGAGGCCACGCCUCCUGAGAUUCCAACUCCACAGAGUGACCACAGAGAAGUGGCUGAGGACACCAAAAAGGAAGAAGAGGAAGUGUCCAGCCAAGGUCCAGAGGACUCACUCCUGGGGACUCAAUCCCGUGGCCACUUCAGCCGCCAGCCAGUGAAAUAUCCCCGGGGUGGAGCACGGCCUAUCACCCACCAGCUGUCCAGCUUUGCCUUGGUAGCUUCCAAAUUGUGUGAGGAGACCCCUAUCACAUCAGUGACGCGAGGGAGUUUGCGGAGGCGAGGACCUGGCCCUGUCACCUCCUCGCCUGAGGGCAGCCCUCUGCGCCGCACCCCGCUGCCCAAGCAUUUUGAGAUCACCCAGGAGACAGCCCGGCUUCUCUCCAAGCUACCCAGCGAAGCUAUGCCCAAGGCCACCUGCUGCCCAGAUCCCCAACCUGAGGAAGCUGAGGACCAUCUUUGACCAUCCCAGCCUUCUGACCAAGGGGGAAAGGACUGAGAGGUGUUCAGUGUUGGGGGAACUGGAGAGUUCCUGCAAGGAAAGACUACAUGGCCUUGGAGACUAAAACCCCUUUUGAAGCAAUAUACCAGUAUUCCCCCACUAGACAUAGGUCACUGCCAAGCAUCAGGGCCACUCAGGUUCAGAGGUUAGUCAGGGUCAACACUCAGGGUCAUUACAAGUCAUGGGAUCCUUGGCAUCCACUCUAGUCUCUAACCCCUGGGACAGGGGUACCUUUUGCUACUUUGGUUGUAGCCACUCCCCCACCUCUGCCUGCCUCCUUAGCUGCCUCAGGUGAGCAGCUCUUGGAGGGAGUGGGCAGCCCAGACUCUGUGGCACCUGGGGCCUGACGCCUGGGAAUAAACUGUGUCCUUUAUACCCUU